AUGGCCACGUUUCAUCAGUUUGUGAGAUCGAUACCUCGGCCAUUUCCGGAUCCAUAUAUUGAGUGGCACAUUGGGCUCUAUGAUGCCGCCACUACUCUUAAGCGGCAGCUAGAGAGAUUGACGCAGAAGCCGCUGCUGUCUGAUACGCGUCUUUUGGAGUUGGGUGUUGUUCACGGCCCAGAGUUAAUCAUCGACGAAGAAAAUCCCAUUGAUUUCGAACCUCGAUAUUUCAGUCCUGACACUCCUCACGUGGCGGCGCAACGCGCGAAAAGGUGGAAUGAGGUCAAUAAGUGGCCGCCACUAGAUCUGGAUAACCCAGAUAUCAUUGUAAAUUGGAGAGACUACCCGAUACGGACGAACAUACCACUAUAUGACGAUAUCGUUGAAAAUAUUGACAGAUGUUUGAAGAUGGUGGAUUGGGAAAGAGAAGAUGGAGACCACAUAGAAGUCUCUAGUCAACCAGAGCAUCGCCCUUGGAUCAGAUUUUUAUCCCCACUCAGGACCAAUUUCUCUAGAUACAAUGAAGAGCAGAUUCACCAGAGCUACUAUCAUCGAUUCACGUUAUACGAUUGGCUAGUGCGUCCGCCUUCCUGGUGUUCAGAUUAUCAUGCAGAUACAGAAGUAUCUCACGCAUUAGUGAUUGUUUCUGAUACGAUCACGCCUCCUGAUAGUCGCCUAUUGAGGAGUGAGGUGCUAUUUGCUGCUAUGGUAUUGAGAGAGGGUCUGGCACAACUGUUUUGGCAGAAACAUUAUACUCUCCCCGUAGGUGCUUCUACCAGCGCUCAAAGAAGCUUUACUAACACCGUAUCAACCUUUGUUUUUAGUUAUUGA